AUAGAGCGACUGACUGUGUUGUCUUGAUCUCAAGAACGCUUGUUUAGGGCAGAUCGUGUGUACUGUCCAAGCACCUUCUCACUAGAGUCAGCCAUGAGCUUCUUCCUAUCUGGACUGAGAGCGUCUAAUACUAAGACUGUGAAGCACCUCAAGAAGAUCCCAGAGGGCUCUCACCAACAUGACAUGAUGAAGCAUGCGGCCGCUACCCUGGGCAGUGGGAAUCUUAAACUGGCUGUGCAACUACCAGAUGGUGAAGACCUCAACGAGUGGAUCGCCGUCAACACUGUGGACUUCUUUAACCAGAUCAACAUGCUCUACGGUACUAUCACGGCUCACUGUACAACUGAGUCAUGGCCUGUCAUGAGUGCUGGACCAAAGUACGAGUAUCACUGGGCAGAUGGUACGACCGUCAAGAAGCCCAUCAAGUGCUCAGCACCCAAGUAUAUCGACUAUCUCAUGACCUGGGUACAAGAACAACUAGACGAUGAGAACAUCUUCCCCUCAAAGAUUGGGCUUUGGCAACGUGGGGCUCCACUCUUGUCGCUACCUCCACAGAGAGGGGGCUAAGUGCGUGGGCGUGAUGGAGAGGGAUGUGUCCAUCGUUAACAGGGAAGACGGUAUCGACCCGAAAGAAUUGGAAGAUUACAAAUUAAAUAACGGAGGCUCCAUCAAAUGAUUUCCGGGAGCACAAGAAACAACUGAGAACUUACUGACAGCAGAGUGUGAUAUUCUGAUACCAGCUGCCGGAGAGAAGCAGAUCACGGCAGAAAUAGCUGAGCAAAUACAAGCCAAGCUCUUUAGGAAGGCCUAUCGCUGGUAGGUUUGAUCAGUCUCAUCUCUGACAUGUAGGACUAUAUCCAGGAUCUGACAUGUAGGACUAUAUCCAUCCCUACAUAAGUAGGUGGUGGCAGAAGGUGCCAAUGGUCCCACUACUAUUGCUGCCGAGAAGAUUCUGAUGGAGCGCAACAUUAUGGUCAUCCCUGACCUGUUUGCAAAUGCUGGAGGAGUGACUGUGUCCUAUUUUGAGUGGCUCAAGAAUCUCAACCAUGUCAGUUAUGGACGGUUGACCUGGAAACACGAGGAAGACUCCAACAAUCAUUUACUAGACAGUGUCCAGCGUAGUCUAGAGGCCAAGUUCUCUGGAGGUCGUGCUGGGUCUAUCCCCAUCACAGCCACCCCUGCAUUCAGUGCUCGCAUUGCUGGAGCUAGUGAGAAGGACAUUGUCAACUCUGGUCUAGAAUACACCAUGGAGAGAUCUGCCAAGCAAAUCAUGCGAGCUGUUCGUGAGUACAACCUUGGUCUGGACCUGAGGACCGCUGCUUAUGUGUGUGCACUGCAGAAGAUCUACACAGUCUACCUAGCGGCUGGCAUCACCUUGUAGCAUAGAGAACACCUGAUAGUGAACAUUGUACCUUCCUACUUGCUAGCUUAUUUUUUGGUAUGUCUGUGGCUUUAAUUUUAAACACUACAUUGUACAUGUAUGAUUGUAGUUUACAGUAACUUGGUACCUUUUUAGAACAAAAUGGGAGGAACAAAGAAAGAAACAAGGAAGCUCUUCAAUACCUUUUUAGGCCGAUUUUUCGCUAUUUCAUCAAUUUGCAAUUUGUAGCCUAGCCAGGUAACUUUAUGUGCUGUAGCUAGCUAGCUAUAGUUGUACUACUAUACUAUACUGGACUGUAGGCUAGAAUGUCUGACGAGGUACAAAGGGAUCUAGAUUAUAACCUCUGGCCCUGGCGCCGGAGAUGGCCAGAAGCCUCUUCAAUGUCAAGUGAUGGAAUAUCUGUCACAGUGCUGAACUCCCAACAUCGAGAAACAGUCAUGCCGUUUAUAUCGGACACAAAACAACAAAAGGGCAAGCUGACUACACAAGUUGAUUCCUUCACACAGGAGUUAAGUUUCACUUCGCCAUUCCCCAACUUCGAAAGCAGCGUGUUGCCUUCAUCUCAAACAGUCCUUUUGAAGAAGGCGGAGGCGGAGGCGGAGAUGGAGGCGUUCAUGGCGGAGGCGGAGAUGGAGGCGGUGACGAAUGUUAUGUUGAGGUUGUUGGAGUCGUUGAAGCCGAAGGCGAAAGUGAUUGUAUGUACGUUGGAGGGGGAGGCGUUGGAGGCAAAGGCGUUGAAGGCAUUGGCGUUGAAGGCGUGGG